AUGAAUAGUAAGGUUCGCAUAGGAAUUAUGUCAACAGCAGAAAUUGCUCAUAAAGUAUGUUAAGCUAUUAAUUCUUCUGAAUAUGCUGAAGUAUAUUGUGUAGCUAGUAGAUCAUUAGAAAAAGCUAGAUAAUGGGCUGAUGCUCAUAACAUAAAAAUUGCUUAUGGUUCAUAUGAUGAAUUAUUGGAUGAUCCAAAUGUUGAUGGAGUAUAUAUACCAUUACCAACAUCUUUAAAAAAAGAAUGGACAAUAAAAGCUGCUAACAAAAAGAAACAUGUCUUGGUAGAAAAACCAUUACCAGGUGCUGAUUCUUCUUAAUGUUUGGAAGAUAUGAUUAAAAGUUGUGAAUAAAAUGGAGUUCAAUUUUUAGAUGGAACUAUGUGGUUACAUUCAUUAAGAACAUAGGUUGCUAAAUAAAAGAAAUAAGAAUUAGGAAAAGUACUAAAAGUUACAGCUGCAAUGACUUUCAAAGCUCCUAAUGAAGAAUGGUUACAUGGAGGAAAUGGAAGAACAAAUAAAAAUUAAGAACCUUAAGGUUGUUUAGGUGAUUAAGGAUGGUAUCCUAUAGGAGCAAUACUUUUUGCAUUCGAUUAUGAAUUACCAAAAUUUGUUUAAUGUCUUUAAUACAAAUUAAAUAAAGUUGAUACAAUAAUAGAAUUUUCUGGAUUCUUAGAAUUUGAAAAUGAAAGAUAUGCAUAUUUCGAUUGUGGAGCAACUUUUCCUCAUAGAUCUUUUGUUGAUAUAGUUUGUGAAAAUGGAUAAAUUAGAAUAGAUGAUUUAGUUGGAGGAUUUGGUAGAACUGGAAAUUUCAAUGCUUAUUUUGAAAACUUUGUUGGAAGUGAAAGGUUUUUUGUAGAUGAUCUAUAAGGAAAAGAAGAAGUUAUUAAAGUUGAAGCUUGCAAUCAUACAGUAAAAAUGAUUGAUACUUUUGCUAAUAUUAUUCUUUCUAAAAAGACUGAUCAUUCAUGGCAUCAUAAAAGUUUAACUACUCAUUAGGUUUUGGCAGCAUUAUUUAGAGCUACUUAAAGAGUUGGUGAAAAAGUAUAAAUCUUAUAAUGA